CCGCCCGCGCGCUGCGCUGUCCGCCGCCUGCCCGCGCCCGCGGAGGCUCCCCCGGCAUGGGCUGUCGCGGCUGCUCCGCAGAGCCGCCUCCCGAGUGGCCCGGGGAACGCCCGUUCCGCGGCUCCGUCUCGGCGGGAUCGGAGGGCGACGGCCCGUAGCGGCAUACCGCGAGGUGGGCGGGCAGCUCCCUCAGACGCACGGUGCGGCCGCAGCCCCGCAGGCUAUAGUCGCACUUGACCUCCAGCUUCUGGACGAGGCUGCGGAGGGGCAGGACGGGGCGCAGCUCGGCGGCCGCCAGCGGCCGGCACCGCAGCGGACACCGCCGCCGCCUCGCCGCCCAGGGCAACAGGCAGCCGGCACAGAAGACGUGACCGCACGGCGUGGACAGCGGCUCCUCCAGCACCCGUCCGCAGAGCUUGCACUGUAGUUCCGCCGCCACCGGCGCAGCGAAGCGCGACGGGUCGAAGCCCAUGGCGCGGCCGGCAACCUCGAAACUUUCGGUACAGCGGCCCCGGCCCGGCCCUGGCGGCGCAGGAGCCGCUCCCGGCGGGCGGACGGCGAGGGGCGGGCGGAGGAGCGGGGCUGAACCGAGAGAGGAGGGCGGCAGCGCCAAGGCAGAGCUCCCAGCAGCUCCCCUCCACCCUCCCGCAUUAACUCCCUCGCCCCGGUGCUCCCGCCCCACGCCCAGCCCUGGUACCACCUCCGCCUCUCGGGGCAUCCUCGCUACGCGACGGGGCGAGCGGGCGAGACGCGUGGAACCGCCAGCGCCCGUUUCAGCCCGCACCCGCCGUCCUGGCCAGUGCGCUCACUGCCCCGGCGGCCGAGCUGUGACCUCGACAGGUAUCUCAAGACUGCCUUGUGGUCGUGGGGAUAGAAAGUGGACACCCUGCAAGGCAGUGAGUCGUUUUGGCUUUCAGUGCUGCACAGAUGUACCGAUACCUACAAGCAAUUGAACUAAAUACAGACUAGCAAAAGUACACUGUUGCCACGUUGGCUUCACGGAGAAACAAACCCUGGCCAGGAAUGUGUGACAACAAUGUCUGAAUCUGAAAGAUGGACUAGGCUGAUACACGGUGAAACCAACCUUCUCAGCUUCUAAUGAAUCCUGCUGCAUGUAUAGACCCAUAAGCAGAUGCUCUAUAUAUGGGAGAACACUGGUUGUUUUCCAGCGCAUCCUCAGCUCUAUGUAAAGCAGGAGGAAAGCGACUAAAGUAAGAUCCAAAAUGAGAUAUCAGACAGUUCUUUCAUCCAGUUUUAAAUAUAUGAAUACAUAAAUCAAUGUGCAUGUUUAUAUGUCUGGCUCAAAUUAAUAAGCACCCAUCCUAUGCCCCAGGCUUCCUGACAAGCAUCAGAAUUAAUAAUUUAAUA